AUGAUCAACGUUCACAGCGGUCGCUUGUAUAACGUUUAUCAGCGGUACACCAGAAGUACACUGUCAAAUAAGCCCUCAGAAGCGGAGGAGCAGUCAGCAGUUGAACACGAUUUUGAAGCAGAGUCGCAACCCCCAAUUGGCUGGUUCGUUCACCCCAACUUUCGACAGUGUAGCUGUAGAACGUGGUUUAAGCUGGGUGCGUGCGUGCAUCUAAUAGAAGUGCUGAACCUGCUCGGCAAAGCUGCCGAAGGAUCUGUAGCCAAUCGACAAGUCUUUGAGGUUAAAAAGAAACGCGUCCGUCCGGCUCAAGCUGGUUCAGCUCUCAGUCUGGAGUAA